AUGCAUUUGAAGUCGUGCCCAGGAGAAAGCCAACUGAGGCAAAGAGGCAAAUCAGCCGAGAAAGAAGCUGGCAACCUGAUACUGAGCGAAAACGUCGGCAUCGAAUAUCGCAUUCAAGCCAGCAUGAAGCACGGGGCUGCGACGUGGAGGUUCAACGUUCCGCAGUGUCACAGGCGAAAUCCUGUCGGACGACAAGGACAGCCGACUGUGGAGAAUCAAGCAGAAGUGAUUCUACGGGUCAGAGGCCUUCGAGUAAAACAUAACAAAGUUCCUAAUCGUUUUAUUAUUAUGAUAUUUACUGAACUUACGCAUGUAACGAUUGCAGAUGUGAACUUCUGCACAAUUCGUCAAGGCAGCUAUCUGACGCUUGAACGAGCAAGAGAUACCGCUGCAAAACGCACUGCAAGAACCAGUCCAGCUUAUAAAGAGGCUGAAGCAAGAAAAGCAGCACAGCACAUGCGGCUGAAGCGGCAGGUAGUAGGCUGCAGACAAAGACAGAGGACGGCGACGCGCAAGCUAUGA